UGUUAUUUAUGAAUGCCUGCCGCUCGCCUUCGUGUGCACGUUCCAAUCGUUAUCAUUAUGUUUUAAAUAAUUGGACACCUGAUAUCGACUGCAUGUGUGUUUGUUUUUUGCUCGCGCAAUACCUGCACUUCGCCAUUAAAUGUAAACAGUAAUUUAUUGUAGUGGAUUUGGAUGCUGGCGGUAGUGGCGGCGGCGGCAGGCGGCAGGCGUAGCGGUGCGUUCGGCUCUUUAAUCACACUGGGUCAAUAACAUCCGAGCACCGGUGCUGUCUGUUGGUGCUGCAUCCACCGGUGGUAACACCCGGAAAGGGGCUUUUCCGAUGAGGUGAGCCAUCCAUCCAUCCAUCCAUCCUUCCAUCUAUACAUCCGCACUUUUGCCGAGGCCAUUGCCUGACUGACCAUGUUAUCCUUGUGAGAGUGGGCGGGGCUACCUGGCCCUGAGGCGCAAAGGAGGGGGAGCCUAGGCGCAGCCGUCGUCGGACUCUGCCGCCCCGGACAAGGGACGCAAGCGGAGCGGGCAUUCCUCAACCUUCCUCCUUCCCUCCCCGUCAAUCCCCCCCCCCCCCCCCCCCCCCCCCCCCCAACCACCACCAUGAUGUGGUCACGUUGCUUGUGGAAAGCGUGAGGAAGCAGGAGUCUGGAAGGCGACCCUGCUCAGCCGGGGGACUCGGACCUGUCCCUGCUGGACCCGAAAACCCUGGGAGAGUGCUGGCCCCCUGAUGGCUUGAUGCCUGAGAGCAGUUACUGGCAGCUCUGCCCUCCCUCUAAGUCCAGCCUGCAGGGGGGGUUGCUGAGCUCUAGUUUCCCUCCCGGCCCAGUCCCCCUCGUGCCGCAAGAUGCUCACCUGCGGGAAGGGGGAGAUCCCCUGGACGGCCCCCCUUCUCAGCCGCAGCAGCAUCACCGGCCUCUGGCACCCAGCACCUCGGCGUCCGAGCUCUCCCUCCCAGGAGCGGCGGCGGCUCCUCCAGGGCCCGCCCCUCCGCCUCCUCCUCCCCCGCCGCCCAAGCGCCACUGCCGCUCCCUGUCGGUACCGGAGGACCUGUCCCGCUGCCGCUACACGUGGCGGCCCAGCGCCUCACGGGUGUGGACUCCAGUCAGUCGGCAGCAGUGCCACGGAGGCGUUGGCGGCAUGGGGGUCACAGGUGUGGUGGCCGGUGCCACGGGGGGAGGUGCCUGUCCUCUCCGGGCGCCAAGCUCCUCUUUGAACUCGUCCCUGCACUCCUCGUCAAGCCCCACCUUCUUCAGCUUGGCACUUUCUCCAGACUCGCCGCUUCCUUGGAACUUCCCAUGGGACCCUAUUGAAGCAGCGGCAGGGGGAGGAGCCUGCUGCUGUUUCUUCCCCUCUCCGUCGUCCUGCUCCUCAUCACCCUCGCCCCUCCACCCGCCGCCGCCCCCUCAUAGGCGUUUCUCCCUCUCACCCGUGCUCAUUAGAGACUCGUCGGCGGCCGCCACCUUCCUGCCUCCGCCGCCUGUUCCCAGCCAAGCGGCGGCGCCUCCGAAGGGCUGCUGUGCGGCCGGCGGGGCUAUGGCAGGCGCCCCCGUGCCUGCCUCGCCUUCCUCCGCCUGCAGCACGCCGUCAUCCCUGCGCCGCAGCUUUCCGCCGCAGCUACCGCGUUGCCAUUCGCAGCCCUGUGACCUGCUGCUGCUCAAACCGGGCCUGAAGAGGCGACGCGACCCAGACCGCCCCUGUGCCCGCCCUGUCCUCGACUUCACCAAGAUGACUCAGACCCGCAGCAUUGACCCACAGUGUUUAGAGCGUGGCGGCAGGCUGGCCUGCGGCGGCGAUCUAUACAUGGGCAUGGAGUCCUUCAUGGGCGACUUUCGGGGCUCCUGCUCGCCGGCUGAGUGUCUGGGCAGGACCAGCAUCGGCCCGCUGAGCGAGAGCGACGAAGAGUGUCGCGAGGAUGACGACGACGACGAUCGGGAAGAGGACGUGGACGAGCGCGAGGCGGCCCAGCAGGCCGUCUUUGAGAGGGAUUGUACAGAACUGGACUUGAAUUUAAUCGAAGAAAACUGACGUGUUUGUAAAACGGAAGGUCGUUUCUUCCCCGCCUCCCUUUUUAUUUAUUUUUAGGAUGGAAGUUUCAUUUUAAAUCUUGAUCGCACCCACGCUACCAAUCAGCAAGGCUCUCAGGAACACCUCUUCUGAUUGGACGAGUAAGUCGACGCUGAUUGACAACAGUGAUGAUGUGACUGCUUGCUUAUAAGACUCGGCGCCGGCUGGACUCGCUGAGUCGUGAAAGGGUUCAGACUAGGGCUGCAACAACUAAUCGAUUAAAAUCGAUUACAAAAAUAGUUGGCGAUUAAUUUAGUCAUUGAUUCGUUGGAUCUAUGCUAUGCGCAUGCGAAGAGGCUUUUAAAAAAAAACUUUUUUUUUUUUUUUAUAAACCUUAUUUAUAAACUGCAACAUUCACAAACAGCUGAGAAACAAUAAUCAAAAUAAGUAUGGUGCCAGUAUGCUGGGUUUUUUUCCAAUAAAAUACUGGAAAGGGUAGAAAUGUAGUUGGUCUCUUUUAUCCGAUUAUUAAUCGAUUAAUCGAAGUAAUAAUCGACAGAUUAAUCGAUUAUCAAAUUAGUUGUUAGUUGCAGCCCUAGUUCAGAACGUCAGCGUCCGCCGAGAUCGGAGGUGUCGUUCAACACGCAGCUGCCGAGUCUCCCAACAUGUCGAUUGCCUGACACAGCACACCUGAAAAUCCUCAAAUCCUUGGUUUGGACAUUCCAAUCCAAUUAAUAACAAGGGUUUUUUAAUUAGUUAUAUGUUGGAGGGCGCUACUUGGCUGCAACCAGCAGAGGCGCUGUUCAUCCCUGUCCUAACUAUCAGCCUAAUAAAGAACAUUGUGGCCUCAAACAGGAGUUCAGAACACAAUUGUUUAUAUUUUCUUCCUUCUGAGGUCAAAACUGCACUGUCUAUUCUAAAUCUUGAGGUGUCACUCUUUGGGUAUCUAACGAUGUGAUCUGAUUCCGAUUAUUGGAGUGAUUACUCAAUUCAAGCCAAUUCUCGCUAUGUAUUAUUUUGGUAUAGUAAAUACAAUUAAACUUUUUUAAAACAUAUAUAUAUAUAAAUAUAUAUAUAUAUAUAUAUAUA